AUCACAUGGGUGACAGGGCUUUCAAAGUACAGCUCGACUCGGCAUAUCAGCACUCCACUACAGAGCACUCUGGUGUCGAGAGAAGAGCAAGCCUUUCAGAGGGGCUGACCGGGGUAUCAACCAGAGGGCAAUUCACAGCACCCCCUGCAAUCUACCCAGGAGUGCAGGGAAUAUACACCAGAGAGCCAAACCACGACUGUGCCUUUUCUUCUCUUAGAGAGCCGAGGAGAACCCGGAUCACAGAUUUGAAAGCCGUUUAGAAGAGGGUGGCUCUUUACUGGUCAGCAAACCAGACUGAAUCUGUCUUUACACCACCUUCAAUUAAACACCCUGCGCUUCUCAAUCUGAGCGCCUGCCCUGAAACUCUCCAGAGCCCACGGGAUUCCUGGAGUUGGAUGGAUGAAGGAAAUCCAAACAUAUCAGCGCCUCAUAAGAGUGAACCAACCCCUUUUUAGGACCUUUGGAAAGACUCGAUAGAUUAGUGAAUCUUGUUCAAAUCAAGCUGACGAACACAGCCUCCUCCCCGCCCCCGAUCUGGACAGGCCUUAGAUCAGAGAGAUGUCCACCAAGGCCCCCAUUUACCUGAAGCGCGGGAGCCGCCGAGGGAAGAAAGAGAAGCUCCGUGACAUCCUGUCCUCGGAUAUGAUCAGCCCUCCGCUGGGAGAUUUCCGGCACACCAUUCACAUCGGCAGCAGCGGCGGCGAGAGCGAUCUCUUUGGGGACCUGUCCUUCCUGCAGGGGAAAUUCCACCUGCUCCCUGGGAAGCAGGGCCACAGUCUGUCCCAGCGCUGCAACCAGUACGGAACGCCCUUUGAAUUCACCCGCACCGCCAGCGUCUGUGCACACCCGCCCCAGCGCGAGAACUCCUCCCCGCUCCUGAAGAACGCCCUCUCCCUGCCUGUGAUAGGGGGCGUCCAGGCCCUCUCCCUGCCUGCAGCCCAGCAGGUCCCCCCUCCCAAACCACCUCGACUCCACCUGGAAGCCACCCAGCCUCCACCUCCCACCACCUUCCCCGUCCCUCUGCUGCCACAGUUCCCAACCCCUUCCCCAGACGAGAGCCCUUCUCCAAUUGGAGAGCCCCGCAGCCCGGAGCAGAGACUAGCAGAGCCCCGAAUCGGACUCACCCCUGAGGACACCCCUCUGGAGGAACCGUUCCUGUCCCACGCAGGCUCCCUGCUGUCCCUGCACCUGGAUCUGGGUCCCUCCAUCCUGGAUGACGUUCUUCAGAUUAUGGAUAAGCACCAAGUGAGCAGGAUCAAUGGGUCCCAGCUGCAUGAAUCCAGAGCGGAGAUACUCAGCUGAGUAUGACAGAGCCUGAAUCCAGUACCCCGCACCACACCGACAGCAAGGGCUGCAGCAGGGGCACCACAAGACUAGUUCUGUUUUUUUUUUUUGGUUUUGUUUUUGGUUUUGCUGGUUUUCUAUAAAAUGCUGGAGGCAUUUUUUUUUUCCCUCUUCUUCUAUGGAACUGUACAGUGAAUAAAAGUUAAGAGAUGAAUGUCGUGGUCCCAGAUCUUAGACACACAAAAGCAUUUGGUAGCAAUCAAACUAAAGUGAACAUCAGAUUCAAAUUUUGUUGCAUGUAUGUAAAAUUAAUAUGGACCAUGUAUAUUUUUGCCUAAUAAAUAACUGGCCCUUUUUUAUACAUGUAUAUAAAUGAUUUUUUUUAUAUGAAGCAUAUUGCAACAGAUGCCUUAAACAAGUAUUGGGACAGAUGGAUAAAAGCGAGCAUUUGUUACUGCAGGACGACAUCCUCUCUCAUGCUUCUCAAACCCUAACAAUCCCAGCACAGUGGAGGGUGCUCAAUCAGUAGCCCUCACCAUCAGGGUACAGCGCACUCGCACCCCUGGCUGGCUCAUUACAUAUCUUGGUAUCCCUGAAUAGAGAGCUCCCCUCGUUUUCAGAAUGCAGUUGAAUUGCACAAGCACAGUCCGUGCCGUGGUACCCCAGGGCUGACCAACGCAGCACAUGUGUUCAUGUUACCCUAAACUGUGCUCCUGCAAGACGGAGCACUUCUGAAUCUCCACUGUUUCUCCCAGUAUCUCCAAGUACUUGUGGGAUGCUGCCUGCAGUUUGACGUGACUUUGUUGCAGGCAGUAAAAAGAAAAGAAAGAGACUUAUAUUUCUUUAUAGAACUAGUAAAAGCAGCUUUGGAGCCUGAUACCCAGGAUGAAGAGUCUCCCAGCUCUGAAGAGAUUCAGACAGCUUUUGGAUUCAGUUCUUGUUUUUGGUUGUGGACUGUGUUUCAAUACUCAGCUCUAUGAUAUUGUAAUAUUAUAAUCUAUAGUAUUAUAAUAUUAUAAUCUAUUUCUGAUACAAAAGAGUAGAAACUUAAACAGAUAAUAAUCAAGGCUUUACAAAGUGUUCCCUCUAGCAUUUUAUUUUGUGAAGCACCUUGAGACAUUUUAUUAUCUAUAUGGGGCGCUAUAGAAAAAAUAUUGAUUGGUUGAUUGAUAUAAACAAGCUGCUCUGCUGUUGCGCUGUGUGUUUCCAGACUUUUUAUUUUCUCUUUGACUGCAGGGAGGAGGAAUCCAGAGCACUGUGACAUCAUUUCCUGUCACUGGGGCCCCAGAGCACUUUGGCAUCACUUCCUGUCACUGGGGGCAGCACACAGGAAUAUCCCCUAGAAAGUGUCCUGAGGGCAUCAGAUGAUUCUUAAUGGUUAGGUUUAGGGGUAGGUAUUGGGUUUGAGGUUAGGUUUUAGGGCAGGGGUUGCUUAAGGUUAGGGUAGGGGUCGGGUUAGAGUCAGGAUGGGUUGAUUUCGUAGAGUUGCCGAGCUCAGGAAGUGAAAGGUGGGAGUGCUUGGCAAAUGCCCUCGAAUCAUCUGAUGCCCUCAGGACACUUUCUAGGGGAUAUUCCUUUAAGCUGUGACAUCACUUCCUGUCACCAAUGAACAGCAUUUCUGAGUGCAGCAUUCUGUCAAUCACACUGGAGCCAAGCUGCCAGUCUUGGGGAUGUCCAUUGGGCAUCAGGCUGUCUGUAGCUUUUAUCUGUGGAUCACCUCCCUUUCUAUAGAGUUCUGUAGUUUUCUACACAUCUCUAAAACUGGCAAUCAUUUUGUAUACAUUUAAUAUAGGAUUUUUUAAAGGGUGAAUAAGUCAUUCUAAUAAACAAUAGUUUAACUCCUCCCCACGAGUCCAGCGGCGCCUCCCCAGCUGGGCCCUCUCCUCCAGGGUUCAGGAGCAGUGGAGUGUCCGCUGUCUGGAGAGACCGGCCUCAUGGUGUGAUGCUGCUCUCAGUCCUACAGCGUUGAAGCGAUAUCCCAAUCGGAUACUUCAAAUUGGGUAAAAAAUGAUUUAAAGCAAUGCUAAUGGAAACCCAAGUACUUCCAACAGGCCUCUCGUUAGGGGUUCUGGUUAUAGAGUGAAACCCCAUCACACCUGCAAAACCCUGCAGUUAAUAACUCUGACACAUCUAUUCAUUCACAUUAUGUAGCGUUUAUACAUCAAGGAUACUGUCUUAAAUAAAGAUCCUUCUUGUAAAAACAGGUAUACUGUAAUAUAUUACAAUGUAAAGCGGCUGAUUGUUUUAUACAGUUUAUUUGAUCAAACAGGAUGCCUUUCCCCGGAUUCUGUGUGGAAGUACGCAAUUAAAGCCUGGUUUUAAAUCAGCUUUUUUUCGAUCUAAAUUUUGCCCAGUUUUUUUUUUAAUUUUUAUUUUUUUUACCUAACAGCUGUAAAAAAUAGUGUAGCCUCCUCCUCGAAGUGAAAAUGAAACCUGGAAACCCAAUCAAGCAUUGGAAAACAAGAAGGGAAAAUGAGCGGUUAUUACUGGCUUUACAUACGUGUACGUUGAUGAAUAAUAGUACUUCCUUUAGUACUUCCUGUACUAAACAAUGAGAGAUAUCCAUUCGCUUAUUUUCUAACAUGUUCUGAUAUCUGUAUUUUCUAUCUAUCUAAAAAAAAAAUAAGUUCUCAAAAUUGUAAAUUAUUGAUUUUGUCUUUCCUUGUUUUUUGUCUCAUUUUGAAUGUUGCAACGGGAUUAAAGAAGCUUCAGUUGGAAGAUAAGCUAUCCUUAGUGUCCUUGACUUUUUAUUUAUUAUGUGACCACUCAUCCUGUUUUAUUUUAUUUUUUUUUCAACAUUUUUUUCCUUGCAUUAGAAUUGCAGUGAUUGAAAAUGGGAUCUUUUUGUUAAAGUUCUGAUGCCACCUUUGAAUGUAAACAUCAACCUCUCUUUCCUACUCUCAUCUGAAGAGACCUUUUGAGGUCUUGAAAGCUUGUGAUUAAUUGUUGUUUGGUUAGUCCAAUAAAAGGCAUCACAUCUCCUUCUCUUUGAUUAUAUAUUAGAAACUCAACAGCGCUGGUCUAGAAAAGACUGCAUCAGCGACCAAGAUCAGUGGCUGCAUUAAAGCUGUCUCGCUUAUCUAGGGGCAGUGUUGAGUUAUUAUCUAGGGGCAGUGUUGAGUUAUUAUCUAGGGGCAGUGUUGAGUUAUUAUCUAGGGACAGUGUUGAGUUAUUAUCUAGGGGCAGUGUUGAGUUAUUAUCUAGGGACAGUGUUGAGUUAUUAUCUAGGGGCAGUGUUGAGUUAUUGUCUAGGGGCAGUGUUGAGUUAUUCCGCAUGCUCAGCAAUUCAGACAGCUAAUCUCAAACCAUUUUCAAACUCUAAAACUAAGGAAGACUCUUAAUCCUUUUCAGUGGCUGUAAUGAGAGCUCUCAUUUUACUGGUCAGGUUCCUCGUUCAAAUAUAGGGACCCUUCUGCACUGACAGUCUGUCACACGAUAACUGCCUUGAUUUUCACCAAACUUCUCUGCCCUGCUCCUCAAACCACAGUUCCGGCGCGGUGGACGGUGCAUUGUUGUCUUGGAAGUGGCCAUCAGGGUUGAGCAUUGUUGGGUGGACUUGAUCCACAAUGUUGCUUAAAUAAACUACAGCAGCUUUCUAGUGCUGCAGGGAUGUCCCGUCACAUGAUCAGCCUAAUUUGCAUAUCUAAUGUCAGCGAUGGUGUUGAAAUAGACUCAGGACAGAGGGAAAGACACUUCUUCACACAAAGAGUGCUGAGGGGAUGGAAUGGGUUACCUAGUCUUGUUGGUGAGGCAGAAUCACUGAGAUCCUUUAAGACCCAACUUGACAAAGUUUUGAGAUCAAUCAGCUGCUCCGAACCAGACACCACUGAGGGGCCGAAUGAUCCUCAAAACAGUAGGCAGGUAACUAAAGAGUUUCAGCUGUGAUUGAAUGCUGGUAGUUUUAUUGCCUGAUGUUUUUCUUUACAGGAUUGUUUUGGUACAAUGUGAUUAUUAUUUUUAUUACAGAGUAGAACAGCAUAACCACAUGAUUUAUCAACCAGACUCCCCCUCCCCCUCUUUCCA